CACUUUCUUUCAUAGUAAUGACACACUUCCCAUCAGCCCCCUCCUGUCACGGUGCUGGUGCCUGUCAUUCCUCACCUGUCCACUAGUCUCCCAGUUGAGUUUUCCCGCGGUUUGCCAGUCACCUGACCAGAACCUCCCUGCACAGACGUCGAGCUGCACGUCUCUCCACAGCACGCAGAAAUAAUGAAUUUCGAAAUGAGCUGGUGUGGUGUUGAACAGUGACAGAACAAUCUGAUCUGAUGUCCUCAGCAGCCCAGCACGCUGUUGCCCUGUAGUUCGGCUGUCUUCGGAACCCGGUGGUCCAUCUUCGCCCCCAGCCGGACACAUCUGAUGGGGUGUCAGGACAGAAGAUGGGGCUCCGCUGAGCGAGCUGUCGUGGCCUUCGUCCCUGGCGGUGGUGGCCGUCUCCUUCUCCGGCCUCUUCACCUUCGUCUUCCUCAUGCUGGCCUGUCUCUGCUGCAAGAAGGGCGACAUCGGCUUCAAGGAGUUUGAAAACACCGAGGGAGAGGAGUACCAGGCAGAUCUGUCCGCCCUGGCCUCGCCUUCCUCCCAGAACGGCCCCGAGGUCUACAUCCUUCCCCUCACGGAGGUCUCCCUGCCUGUCUCCAAACAGCCGGGCCGAUCCAUCCAGCUGCUGAAAUCAUCAGACCUCGGCCGCCAUAGUCUGCUGUAUCUAAAGGAGAUUGGACAUGGCUGGUUCGGCAAGGUUCUGCUGGGCGAAGUCAAUGCGGGCCUCAGCACCACCCAGGUGGUGGUAAAGGAGCUGAAGGCCAGCGCCAGUGUCCAGGAUCAGAUGCAGUUCCUGGAGGAGGUGCAGCCAUACCGAACCCUCCAGCACCCUGCCCUGCUGCAGUGCCUGGCACAAUGCUCAGAGGUCACUCCUUAUCUGCUGGUCAUGGAGUUCUGCCCUCUGGGUGAUCUGAAGAGCUACCUGCGCAGUUGUCGGGUGGCUGACUCCGAGACUCCGGACCCUCUGAUCCUCCAGAGAAUGGCGUGUGACAUUGCCUCAGGGCUUCUGCACCUCCACAAAUACAACUUCAUACACAGUGACCUGGCUUUGCGAAACUGCCUGCUGACUUCAGAAAUGUCAGUGAAGAUCGGAGACUACGGCCUCUCUCACAGCCGAUACAAGGAUGACUACUACAUAACACAAGACCAGAUCUGGGUUCCCCUGCGCUGGAUUGCACCUGAGCUCAUAGACGAGGUCCACGGUAACCUGCUGGUCGUGGACCAAACCAAAUCCAGCAACAUCUGGUCGUUGGGGGUGACUGUGUGGGAGCUGUUCGAGCUGGGAAACCAGCCGUACCGACACUACUCUGACAGACAGGUGCUGACAUAUGCUGUGAAAGAGCAGCAGCUCAAACUACCCAAACCCCAGCUGCAGUUCCCUCUGGCUGAGCGCUGGUAUGAAGUGAUGCAGUUCUGUUGGCUGCAGCCAGAGCUGAGACCCAGCAGUGAGGAAGUCCACCUUCUGGUCACGUACUUGUGUGCCAAAGGCUCCAGCGAGGCCGAGGAAGACUUUGAACAACGUUGGAACGCCUUGAGACCCAACCUGCUGGGUAGCACCUCCCACACAGCGACAUCCACCACCCUCCUCCUGACCCCUACACCUGCCUCAGCCGACAACAAUGGUGCAGAGCAAACUCAGGCGGUGGAGCUGGCCUCCUCUGCCUCGUCCUCCUUCCCUCUCCUGGAGCACUUCUCCGACAGCUUCCACUCCGACACAGGGGACGACCUCCUCACUGUCACAGAGACCAGCCAUGGGCUCAACUUUGAGUACAAGUGGGAGCAGGCCCGAGCCGAGCAGCCCUACUGCUCCUCCUCCACCAGUGGGCCGCUGGGCCAGGGGAACCCACAUUACCAGGAUAUCUACUAUUCCAGUAAAGGAAGCAGCUCAGGGGGCUGCAAGGCUAACAGCCUGACCUCAGGCAUAUCCCCAUCCUACUAUGAACCCGAACACCCAGGUGUGGUCCCAGUGUUGAGCGCCCACAGCCCCUCAGUCAGCAGUGAGUACUACAUUCGUAUAGAGGAGCCAGUAGAGUGUAACAUAAACCUGGAUGACAGUGUGGUGGACUACAGUCCAGGAGUGGAGGCCGGCAGCAGCAGGUUGUCCUCCGAGAGUCGGACUGGGUCAUCCAUGGCACAGCCCAGUACUUACUGGGCAACUGCUGACAACAUCAAGUCCCCCGCCUAUGACUCGGACUCAAGCCCCACUGUCCAGCUAACCAUGGAGCCACUGCUGAGACACACAUCCAGCACCAGUCCUGUAAAGUUAGGCCAUUCCCACAACUGCUUCUCAUCCAGUCAGGAUGACACGGUCUACUGUGAACAGUCGGCAUACAAGACUCGACGCCACUCCUGUCUGUCUGAGCUGGAUACAACACCAGAGUCCAGAUCAAACCUUGUGCAUCCAGUAGGACUUUUAGAAAACCCACGCAGUUCGUCACAGGCAGUGAGCAGCCCCAGCUUAGGGUUCUGCGAUCCCUACCUGGAAGCGAGCACAGGUCGCAGCACAGUUAAUGAGAGCUAUCAUAAUAUAAUGGAUCCCCUCAGAAAGACAAUACCCAUUGUUAACCACAUUAGCAUCGAUGUAGGGACAGACGACGGCCUGCUGGUGGGCCAGCGGAGAGGAGAAGACAUCGAGGAUGACCUUUUCUCUGAAGCAGAGGCCACUAACUGGACCUCAAACCAUUCAGCCAACAACAAUAGCCUUAGCUUUGACAGCAGGCAGGCAGGCAGUGGGCAUGACUGCUAUCUGGACCUUCAAUAUGCUGAUCACUCUAACACAACAGAAUUAUGGUCUUUAACCAAGGCCACCACCAGAACCUUCCAAAGCUCCAGGUCUUGUGGCACCAUGGAAGCAGAGGGAGGAGACUCUGGUCAUAACGCUGCUAGCAAGCCCACUGAAUUGGGUUCACACAUUCACUUGCAUCACAAAGAAAGAGAGGAAUCUGCCACUCAAGUGGAAAGGAACUUAUCUGCAGAAAAUCUAAGAAGUUUUGAUUCGCUCACCAGCUCAAGUAUCAAUGCCAGAGGGACAGAGGGUGGAAAACUAGAGGGGAAAUAUGAAAAUCAAUUAUUGCUUCAUGGGGAUAGGCUGUACUCUGAGCCUAAGAUGAUACCCGAGGCGAACUAUAUAAAGUCCCCGUCUUCUUUCAAGGAUCCUCAGACAGUCAAGCAGAGGGGUAACAUCUGGGAGGGGGUUUCAACAGGAAUCACUGUUGGUCUCGGAGAAAAAAGGCGAAGCUACCCAGAGACGUCAGAAAGCAGCAGAUCGUUGGACAGUGGAGUCGGGGUCAGGAACUCCAGCGUGAGCCUGGUUGAGCUUGGUGACUACAGCGAGGACGAUGAUGACGACAUCACAGACAUCACAUCGGGGAUCUUUGCUGAUUUCAACCUGGACUACGCUGAGGUAGAGGAGGAAGAACUGAGUCCGGUGAAGAAUCAAGAGAGAACUCCUGACUCUGUAGACACCCUGAACCUGUCCUCGUCGAUGGCAAGCACCUGUGAUCAGGCCUUCAGCCCUGAUCCCUUCAAUACCCCCCUCCUACCCAAAUCCCUGGACAGCGGCUACGACACAGAGAACAACGAAUCUCCAGAGUUUCUCUUCAAAGAGCUUGGAGAUGCCCUGGGUGGUGAGAGGAGCCCGAGGUUGGGUGGAGAACCUGAACUAGUUGUGCAGGUGGGUUUAGGCCAAGGGAUCUGCACUUCCACAAACAACUCAGAGCUUCAGUUAAAGGGUCUGACUGAUAAGAAUCCUUACAGGGACUCAGCCUAUUUCUCAGACUAUGAUCCUGAAAAUGAGAGGAGCCCUCAAGAAGAAGGCGGUAAAUUCUAUCCGAGUGAUUUCACUGCUGAGAAUCUGAGCUCUAUCAGAGGUGAUGACUCUGUCAAAAGGCAGUUCAACAGCGACGACCAUCUAACAAAUCUGAGACUCAUCAAAAGUUGUGUUUUGGUGAAUCUCUCAGAGGCUGACCCUAGUUCACCCCAUCCCCUCCCCACCCCUGGCUUGUCUAUGCUCUCACCCUUUCCUCCGCAGAUGGGUGGCUGCCUGACCAAAGAGUCCGCCCCAGCAGAUGAUGAUCUCGGGUUGGAGAACGAGCACUCAGGAGAGGAACCUUCCUCGGAGCUCAGCUCCUCCAUCGGGUCUGAACCCUCAUCCGCCGUCCAGGAGGCCUCAGGAAACCAUGAGGAGGGGAACAGAAGGGCAGAAGAUUACUCCCCUGUCCAGUCUUUGAAUUCUGACUCCACCAUAACUGACUACAGAGACGAGGCCCCCAAAGAAAAUGAGAAUGGAGAUGGAUCAACAGAGGAGGAAGAGCUGCCCGAGUUCAAUCACGUCCAGGAAGAGACGGAGGACAGAAGGGAGGCGGUGAGAAUAAAUGAGGAAGAUUUCGAGGACAUAGACGCAGAGGAAUGUGACUCACAGGACAGUCUGUGUGAAGAAUCCAACGGCCCCACUGACCUGUCAGCUUCCUCGUCACUGCUGGAGCUGUGCGGCGAGGAAGUGAGAGCUCCGCUGGAGGAGGCGGAGGAUGAAGAUGACUCAGAUGACAGCGAGUCAGAUGAAGAGCUGAGGACCUACAACAUCCAAGAUGAAGACAGCGAGGAGAGUGAGGAGGAUUUCACCGCGGUGCCGGUGGUGGUGAGCGACUGCAGCAGGGCGAGACACCUCCGCAGCCUCCUGAAGAUGCCAACCCUGAUCACGGAGUCCUUCUGUGACGAGUUGGAGAGGAAGAAAAAAGCUGUGUCCUUUUUUGACGAUGUUACGGUGUUCCUUUUUGACCAGGAGAGCCCCACAGGAGAGCUGGUUGACUACACCUUCUCCGUAGAAGCUGAGGCCAAUGAACAGGAAUCCUCCGAGGAAAAAAUCUCCGACCAGCAGCUGCAGCCUGACCCUGAACUAGAAGCUGAGCUCGAGGCUCAAUCCUGUGAAACGUUCUGUGUUUCUGAAGACGCAGAUGGGGGCAACUCAGUAGAGGGUGGGGGUUGUGAGUGGAAAGAUGACCUCUCAUUUGAGCACCGCCCGUCCUCACCUGACACCAACCCUGAGCCGCCAUCCUCACCUUCAUCCACCUCCAACAGUCCGGAGGUUCCCAAACCUGCAGCUGUAGCACUUAACCGUUUUAUGGUCUCACGGUUCUCUAUCACACACGUCUCCGACCCCCACACGGGCUCAGCAACAGAGAACAGUGAAGAUAGUCCAAAAGAUUGAGCGCCCCCUCGGCCCUGACCGGAGGAGGAUGAGUCCUGGUCCUUCUCAACACAGAAAAGCAGCAUUAUUAUAUCUAGAUGUUUUACAGAGUUUUAUUUUUAUCGACAUUUGGGGCAUCUGACCCUGGUGACCCUUUAUGAGACAGUGCCUCAUACUGUAGUGGAAGACCCUCAAUGAUUUGCACACUUUCUUUUUAUUUUAUUUUAUGAAAGAUGUUUUUAGGAUGUUGGAGCGGCAGCCUGAUCGAGACAACCAGGAGAGUGGAGUCAAAAUCUAAUGAAUUUGUUCGCAGGGAUAGAAACCAUUGGUAUUUUAGUUUUAUUAACACUAUAUGACAAUAUAACUGAUUUGCUCAGUGCAACAGCAAUUUCUGUUGGUGAUGGAAGCCCUGAGGAGCGAGGAAUAUUUUGUUUUAAUUCUGGUGCUGCUAUUCUAAGAUCUUGAGUGAAGAUUUUUUUUCACAAGUACAUAAAAAUAAGGUUCUCAGAGUAAACCAUUUUUUCGAUAGCAUUUUUUUUUCAUGUGUUGAGCCGACUACAUUUUUUUUUUUUUUUCAGAUUUUUCAUUUUUUGUCGAGGCGAGUAAAAAAAAUAAAAAAUCUUGACAAAUGAAAAAACAAUCUUAUCUUAAUUAGCAUAUGAGUAGUGGUGCUUUUUUUUUUUUUCAUUUUCAUGUUACAAAACCUGCUAACAUAUUAUUGGUGCUUGUUGGGUUUGGAGAGGGAUGAAAACUUCCCUGGACGAACAUGGAAGCCUUUCAUCUUAUCAACACUUAGUUAACUCUUGGAAAAAAAAAAAAAAAUCACUUGUGAAAAUUGUUUUUUUUUUUUUAUUGUCUCAACACGUGAAAAAAAAAAUGUUUCAUUGUGAAAAUUGAUUUUUUUCACUCUGUUUUCACACAAACUUAGAGAAUGGAGCACCAGAAAAAAAAAGAAAUGUCUCCCUUGCCUUUCAGGGCUUCCACAGUUGGUGACCUAGUUUGUGAAUUUAAAAGAAAAUAAGGUAACUCUUUAGACAAGGAAACACAUAUUUACUGCUAUGCUUAUGAGCAUGCAUAUUAGUAGCAGUUAUAAAGACACUUUUUGGGCCCUUAUUCUGCAUGACCAUAUUGUAAAGCUGCUAGGCAAUAAGGAAAUUGUUGUACAUGAAUUAUAAACUUAAUGUAUUUUGCUCGGUAUGGGCCUUUAUAAGUCGGGAAUACCGAAAGAAAUUCUCCCUUUAUAACAUUUCAAGUGUUGUUCCACAUCCUUAAGUGAGGUCUUGCUCAUAAUUAAUUCACCAGUUGAACCUCUGUGGGUUCAGACUGUGUGUCAAGCUGCCAGUGAAUUAGUUAUGAGCAAGACCUCGCUUAAGAAUGCAGAACAAAUUCUGACUCCGUUUAGAGUUUUUCUAAAAACAUCUGUAGACGUUUGUUCAGUCACGCAAGGAUGAACAGGAUGUACUGAGAGUUGAAAAUCAAACUAGCAAAUUAAAAAGAAGAAUAAAGAAUUAAGAGUAAGAAUUAAAUAUCUGAAUAAAUACAUUGCAUGCUAUUAAAUACACCAUAAAUCAUAUUAAAACUAAAUGUAGGAAAUGAUUAAACUAUAAAAUAUGUGACAUAAAUUGAUAUUUCUGUUUUAAUUUGCUUCUGGAUUUAUUUACUUUUGUAUUGAUUCCCCCAAUUUAUUUAUGUUACAACUUCAUUUUCUAUUGUUUAUUCAUUUUUUACAUAUUUAUUUCUGUGUUAUUUCCCUUUGCAUUUUGCAAAACAGUAGCCCUACAUGAAUAAAUAAAAUAAUACAUACAUACAUUCAAAAAUUAAUACAUUUAUGAAUAAAAUGGCACAAAAAUGUGAAACUAAAUAAAUAGUUGAAUUAUUACAGAUUAAAUAAAUAAAGAAGAAAGUUUUAUUUUAUACUUAUUAAUUGAGCAAUUUAUUUAUUAUUCAUUUCCAUAGUUUCGGCCUGUACAUGUUUAGGAGAGGUAUGCUACUAAUAUGCAUGUUAAAAAGUUUUAUUUAUGUUCCUUGUUUCAAAGAGUUGGUGAAAAUAAAUGAUGAAAAGUAGAAAAACAUGGUGAAACGACAGGCUUCACAGCUGCUCCUCUCAUUGGCUGCCUUGGUUCAUCUGCUUACCAUCGAUCCGGCAUAUUUAGGAAAAAAAAAAAAAAAAAGAAAGACUUUUAGAGGUCCGAUUGGUGGAGCCAGAGAACAAUGAUGUCCGGUUGAUUGUCACAUAAGAAGCUGAAGUUGAUUCCCAAACAAUCUGAAUUUAUUUCAUCUCGUAUUUAACAGCUGUGGGUGGUGCUGAAACUUAAUCCAGUCAUAUCGAUGUUGUCACUCCCUGAACUAUCACCACCGCUCACUCUGGUUAACGAUGAACCUUCCCAAAUCCAUCUGAAGCACUUUGUAUAGCCAAACUUGGUCUUUUUUUUUUUUCUUUUUUUUUUUUUUUUUUUGUAGACGCGCUACAUCUCCCCCAUCCUGGAAUGAAACAAUUAAAAACAUGUGAGGUUCCUCAUUCAUGUCCACAGUGCCGGCUACAGGUUCACUCUCGUUGUGGCAUCAUUUUUUUUUUUCUCUUUUAUUACAUUUCAUCAGCAAUAGAAUGACACCAAAGGGGAUAGAGAGGUGUUUCCAC